GGCUGCGAUUGGCUGGGCGGGGCGGGCGGCUCGCAGGUCCCGGAUGUGAGGGGUCGUCCGGCGGGGGAGUGGGUCGAAGCGGCGGCGGGGAUGGAGCUGGGCGGAGGCGCGCCGGGGCCCGGACAGCCAGACGUGGAGCACGGCGGGCUCCGCGCUCUCCCUGCAGUGGGUGCGCUGCUGUCGGCCUACGGCUGGUACCUGCUGCUCGCCUGCGUCGCCGUCUACCUCCUCAUGCAGAAGGUGUCCGAGAGCACCCGAGCCCGGAGACGGAGCCGGCCGGACCCACCGGGGGCGGCCGCAGAGCCUGAUGCGGUGGUGAGGCGGCAGGAAGCCCUGGCAGCAGCUCGUCUAAAGAUGCAAGAAGAAUUGAAUGCGCAAGCAGAAAAAUACAAAGAGAAACAAAGAGAGCUUGAAGAAGAGAAAAGAAGGCAGAAGAUAGCAAUGUGGGAGAGCAUGCAGGAAGGAAAAAGCUAUAAAGGAAAUCUGAAGCUGAACCAGCAAGAAACAGCAUCCAGCCCUUCCACCUCAUCAGCAGUCCCAAAGCCAAAGCCAGAUAAGAAGCCUCUGCGUGGAGGUGGUUAUAAUCCUUUGUCUGGAGAAGGUGGCGGAACCUGCUCUUGGAGACCGGGACGCAGAGGCCCAUCUGCAGGUGGAUGAGGCUAACCUUGCUAGUGUCUAAUGACACUAGCAGGCUUAAUCUGACCCAUUGUUUAACUGCCUACCGCUUGCAUGUCACAGUGACUCUCUUGGGACUUGGUUUAGUGCAGAUACUGAUUUACAAACAAAUCCAUGACGCACAGAUUUUAACGCAAGAACUAAAUGCAGUGAGUGACCAAACGUGGGAUGUUCCUGAGAACAUGGGACAUUUCUGAUCUUUUCU